AUGGAGUUGAUUUUAGAAGAUAACAGAGAGAGAUCUCUCACAACAUUAAAAAAUUUGGAGUUGAACAUGGAUACCAGGUUUAUAUUGGGAGGAAAGUGUUACAUAAGGGAUGUGCUUACUGAAAAGCCCGCCCUGAGGCGUCGGGCGCCGGCGUCCGAGGCGGGCUACGCGCGUGUCAUGGCUCCGGCGCUUUCGGUUGCACCCGGAGAGCCCCAUAGUUACGACAAUACCGAAGAAAUAGACCAGCUUACUCCGCUCAGAAGACGGGCGCUCGCGUCCGUCGAUAAUCUAUCAAUACACAUGGAGGAAGAUGACAUGGGGCUCCAAAGCCAACCGAGUCUUGCCAAAGAUUCACAGGAAAUGGAGCAGAUCUUAGUCGAUUUGGGUAGUAGUGAUCUAGCUCAGGCUGAUUUACUUCAAGCCAUUAAAACCUUCGAAAGUGGGGAUGGUCUAUCGACCGGUGAUCCAGAUGGAAUUUUCCCACUGAGUGCAUUUGAUUUGCCAGAAACUGCAGAUUCUGAGGGUGAUGCUGCAGAAGAUAAAAUCAGACUGCUCCAAGCGCGCCUUGAACGUCGAUGUUCUUUUUUGCAAAGACGGUUACGAAUUUUGCAAGCUCGGAGUAUAGGGAAACGUAUAUCAGAAGAGGCUGCUCAAACUUUUGACAAGUGCAUUAGAGGAGCACGUAAAGAUGGUGGAGGCAGACCUAUUGGAUUAAAAGCUUUUUUGAAGAGAAUAGAAACAACCGCAGUGUUACAAGCCAGUGCAGCAUCUCGUUCAGUUGCUGGUCCUAAGUAUUACCAUGCUAGUUGUUCACAUGUCGAUCCCUCAAAAUCUGCCUCAGUUGGAGUAUCUUCUGGAACCCUUACUGGCUUAGAGGACACUGCUGGUGCAUUAAGAUCUCAUUUAUCAGUGGUGAAGCAUGAGCUGGACUCUGAUGCGACAGCUUCCUCAUCAGGAGCUGAAAGUAAUGAUGAAGCUGUCACUUACAACAAUCCUCAUCAACAGCCUAUGCCGAUUGAAAAACGUGCAUUAUGGUCAUGGCAGAGGUCUCGCGCUUCCAUUGCGUCUCGUUGGUGCUGGCUACAGGCACAGGUUCAAGAGUUGGAGUACAAAAUCCGUCAGCACACAGACUUGCAUAAACAGGUUCGCGAGGCGAAGGGUCCGGUAGAGUUUGAAGGAGAACCAGUUGCUUAUGAAGGCAGUCUACCUGGUUCUGACUUACCCAACAAUCCUGCUACCCAGACUUGUGCGAGGGUCCGUCCUCUGAAACGAGAAACCUUCAAGAAGAGGAAACUAUUGCAAAUGCAUAACUUGCACAUUGCCACAACGAAAGCUGCUAAACCAUCAGACAUAUGUUGUAGCUGCGAGUACCCGUUGGAGAGUUGCGGCGUGUGUACCGGUCGCGCGGAGCCCACUAUGCCGGAGCCGCCCCCCUCCACCCUGCCCCCCGCGGCCAAGUUGGCCCGCGCCGACCCCGCCUACCAUCCCGUCCUCAGCGACGUUAAAGUAAAUGAGUAUUAUUUACCCGCAGACAUCCGCAGCGCGGUGCACAUGAGCGCGCUGUCGUCCCGCGCGUGGUUCCGCGCCCGCGCCCGCGCGCGCGCCCCCCGCCCCCGCGCCCCCCGCGCGCCCCCGCACGCCGCCCCCGCCCCCGCCCCCCACGCGCCCCACGCCCACCACGCCGCCAGGGACAAGCGCCACUCGACCACCAGAUCGAAAAGAGGACGACCGCCGCUAUCACGGAAGACAAGAGAAAGAGAUAGCAAGGGUGAGAGGGAAGAUGAGACGGCAACAUCAGGACCAGAGAGGAGCCGCGGUCGUCAAAGUACAGAAAGUCGUACGCGCCGUCAAUCGUACGACAUCGACAAUAUCGUGAUACCGCAGAGCAUCGCGGCCAACACUCGCCCGCAGAUACUCACGUACAAGGAGAUAAUCACGCCCAAAUGGCGUGUAUUAGAGAUACCUGAAGUACCACUCAAUAAUGGCGUUUCAAAAUCAUCUGAUCUACUCUCUGUAGAAAGUGAGGAGGAGGAUAUAUCCGAGGCGGCGGUCCGCGCCCGCCACGUGCGCGCUGAGCAGCGCGAGCGCGGCCGCUACGCGCGCAAGCCGCGCCACCGCCGCGUGCAGGAGCCGCCCCCGCCCUCGCCCCCGGCCCCGGCCCCCGAGAUGUGCGCCACCCCGCCCCCGGCCCCCACGCCGCCCCCGCCCGCGCAGGAGCGAGAGUGUGUAAGGCCGUACUCACCACGUCAGUUCCCUCUUCCGGAGCGCACGUACGAGGGCAUGGUAGCGGACAUGCCGCAAGGUUUCUAUCAAGAGGCGCCCCCAUCGCCGCCCCCGCCCCCGCGUGAAGUCGAGCGCAGCCCCCCCAGCGCGCCGGACCUGCCCCCAGACGAGUACUCGAGCGAUCUGUCGCCGCUCUCCAACCCCGCAUACGAUGGAGAUGACCCAGACGAUGCCGAAUGGGAACCGAGCGCUGAGAAAACUGAAAGGAGGAAAUCCUCCUUGAGGUGA